UGUGCUGCUCAUUGGCGCCGCGCGGAGAGGCGGAAUGUUCAACUCCUGACUCCGGCGGAAGCGUGGGAGCCGCGCGGGCCGCUGUCCUCCCGACCCCCGCGGCCGCCCUCGUCGCGCGGGGCUCCGCGCCCCCGGCUGCUGCUCGCGCCCGGCCCGGGAGCCAAGGUUCUGUGAAAGUAUCCUACUUAAGUCAUUAUGCGAUGUCGUCUCUCGGUACCUCCUUUGUGCAAAUCAAGUUCGAUGACUUGCAGUUUUUUGAAAACUGCGGUGGAGGAAGUUUUGGGAGUGUUUAUCGAGCCAAAUGGAUCUCACAGGACAAGGAGGUGGCCGUCAAGAAGCUCCUCAAGAUAGAGAAAGAGGCAGAAAUCCUCAGUGUGCUGAGUCAUAGGAACAUCAUCCAGUUUUACGGAGUCAUUCUCGAGCCUCCCAACUAUGGUAUCGUCACAGAAUAUGCUUCUUUGGGGUCACUCUAUGAUUACAUCAACAGUAACAAAAGUGAAGAGAUGGACAUGGAUCACAUUAUGACGUGGGCCACCGAUGUAGCCAAAGGGAUGCACUAUUUACAUAUGGAGGCUCCUGUCAAGGUGAUUCACAGAGAUCUCAAGUCCAGAAACGUUGUGAUAGCCGCUGAUGGAGUAUUGAAGAUCUGUGAUUUCGGUGCCUCCCGGUUCCAUAACCACACCACACACAUGUCCUUGGUUGGAACUUUCCCGUGGAUGGCUCCGGAAGUAAUCCAAAGUCUCCCCGUGUCUGAAACUUGCGACACAUAUUCCUAUGGUGUGGUUCUCUGGGAGAUGCUAACAAGGGAGGUCCCCUUUAAAGGUUUGGAAGGAUUACAAGUAGCUUGGCUUGUAGUGGAAAAAAACGAGAGAUUAACCAUUCCAAGCAGUUGCCCCAGAAGUUUUGCUGAGCUGUUGCACCAGUGUUGGGAAGCUGAUGCCAAGAAACGGCCAUCGUUCAAGCAGAUCAUUUCCAUCCUGGAAUCCAUGUGCAAUGACACGAGCCUUCCUGACCAGUGUAACUCGUUCCUGCAUAACAAGGCCGAGUGGAGGUGUGAAAUUGAGGCCACCUUGGAGAGGCUAAAGAAACUAGAGCGGGAUCUCAGCUGUAAGGAGCAAGAGCUUAAAGAACGAGAAAGACGUCUGAAAAUGUGGGAGCAAAAGCUGACUGAGCAGUCCAACACCCCGCUGCUGCCGUCCUUUGAGAUUGGUGCGUGGACCGAAGAUGAUGUGUAUUUUUGGGUUCAGCAGCUCGUCACAAAAGGUGACUCUUCCGUCGAGAUGAGCGUGUAUGCCAGCCUGUUUAAGGAAAACAACAUCACAGGCAAGCGGCUGCUGCUUCUGGAGGAAGAGGACUUGAAGGACAUGGGCAUUGUCUCCAAGGGGCACAUCAUCCAUCUAAAGUCGGCCAUUGAGAAAUUGACCCACGAUUACCUAAACUUGUUUCACUUCCCACCGCUAAUUAAGGACCCUGGAGGCGGGCCUGAAGAAAAUGAGGAAAAAAUAGUGAACCUCGAACUUGUUUUUGGUUUUCACUUGAAACCAGGAACUGGCCCAAAGGACUGUAAGUGGAAAAUGUAUAUGGAGAUGGAUGGGGAUGAAAUUGCAAUAACCUACAUAAAAGAUGUGACAUUCAGCACCAACCUGCCUGAUGCAGAGAUUUUAAAGAUGACAAAGCCUCCAUUUGUAAUGGAGAAGUGGAUUGUAGGCAUAGCAGCAAAUCAGACUGUGGAGUGUACCGUCACCUAUGAGAGUGAUGUGAGAACACCAAAAAGUACCAAGCAUGUGCACUCCAUCCAGUGGAGCCAGGCGAAGCCCCAGGAUGAGGUGAAAGCGGUCCAGCUGGCUAUUCAGACUGUGCUCCCCAACCCAGAGGGCAACCCUGGCAGCAGGUCAGACUCAAGUGCCGACUGCCAGUGGUUAGACACCCUGAGGUUGCGACAGAUUGCCUCGAACACCUCGCUGCAGCGUUCCCAGAGCAACCCCAUCCUGGGCUCAUCAUUCUUCCCCUACUUCGACGACCAGGUCUCCUAUGCCGCUGCUGUCAGGAGGACCCAGGUGCCCGUCAAGUACCAGCAGAUCACACCAAUAAACCAGUCCCGCAGCUCCUCUCCCACCCAGUACAGCCUGACCAAAAACUUCUCCUCUCUACAUCUCAACUCCAGGGACAGUGGUUUUUCCAGUCUAAACACAGACAGCUCUUCAGAAAGGGGCCGCUACUCGGAUAGGAGUCGGAGCAAGCACGAGCGUGGCAGUGUCUCGCUCAACUCUUCUCCCAGGGGGAGAUACGGUGGGAAAAGCCAGCAUUCCACUCCUUCAAGAGAAAGGUAUUCUGGAAAGGUCUAUAGGUUUUCUUAUCCUGCCGUUAGUACCCAACAACAGUACCCUGACUUCAGAAGGAGCCCAAGUGACCGCCGCCAACCUAGGACCAUCCCAGGGAUGCCACUGCACACAGAAUGUGAGGCGAGAGCUGGGGAAGAGGAGAACAGAGUGAGCGAUGGCGGCUGGACCAAGGUGGAGUACCGCAAGAAGACCCUCCGGCCCUCACCCGCCAAGGCUGGCAAAGACAGGGUCCGGGGAAACUUACGUGGGAGAAGGACCUUCUGAUGAAUUGCGUGGGAGAUGGUUUUUCUUGUCAAAUGUAAUGGGUUUUGAUGCUAGGAUAUCUUCAGGUUCCAUUAUCAAAAGCACAACACUUCCGUGGGGAUUUUUUUUUUUUCUGACAUCACAAAGUAUUACUUAAUUGAGAUAGAGCCAAACAAGGGCCAAAAGUGUGGGUAGUUGUCGCUCAGUGAUGACUACACUUGAAAAUAACUAGACAUAAUUCCUUUCCUGAAUUGUUUUUCUUUGAGGAGGAGUUAUGCCAUUGUUUUAACUCUAACCACUGGCAUUCUGGUUAGCACGGUUAGAUCUACGGUA